GUGGCUAAUGCGUGGGGAAGCGUUCGGAUUGUCACAUUCACGGAAGGAACUGGCCGAGGUCCUUGUCUCAACUUUGGCGCUCGGCACGCUGACGGUCAGAUUCUAGCCUUUUUACAUUCCGAUACCCGUCUCCCGGAAGCGUGGGAUGCACGGAUAUUGGCUACCUUGGCCGGGGAUGGCGCUAGUGGGGUACGGACCAAUGCUUGCGCCUUUGGCUUUGGCAUUGACACGUACCCACCGGGAAUCCGCGCGGUCGAGACGACGGCGAAUCUUCGCUGCAGACUGUGGUCGUUGCCGUACGGCGACCAAUGUUUGUGUUUGCCCACCAAUGUGUUUCACUACUUGGGCGGCUUUCCCCACCAAUGCAUUAUGGAAGACUACGAGUUGGCGGGUCUCUUACGCCAGCGCGCGGCACUGCUUCCCCGUUGGAACGUGGCGCGGGAAGCUUUACGCAUCAUCCCCGGCUCACCCGCAUUGUGUUCUCCGCGACGCUGGCAAAGCUACGGAGUGUUGUACGUGACUUGGAUGAAUUCCAAGCUCGUCCAUUUGUACGCGGGCGGUGUAUCUCCGGACGAGAUUUACCAACGUUACUACGGACAAUCACUACCUUCCGCCUCAGCAUAA